CACUGGCCAACCCCUGCUGACCGUUACUCUCAGCGCCACCAUGCUGGCCUCAGGGCUGCUCCUGGUGGCCCUGCUGGCCUGCCUGACGAUCAUGGUGCUGAUGUCAGUGUGGCACCAGAGGAAGCUGGCCGGCAAGCUGCCCCCAGGGCCUACCCCUUUACCCUUCAUCGGGAACUACCUACAGCUGAACACUGAGCAGAUGUACAAUUCUCUCAUGAAGCUCAGGGACCGCUAUGGGCCCGUGUUCACCGUGUACCUGGGUGCCCGGCGCGUGGUGGUGCUGUGUGGUCAAGACGCGGUGAAGGAAGCGCUGGUGGACCAGGCGGAGGAGUUCAGCGGCCGAGGAGAGCAGGCCACCUUUGACUGGCUCUUCAAAGGCUAUGGUGUGGCCUUCAGCAAUGGGGAGCGUGCCAAACAGCUGCGACGCUUCUCCAUCACCACACUGCGGGACUUCGGCGUGGGCAAGCGUGGCAUUGAGGAACGCAUCCAGGAGGAGGCAGGCUUUCUCAUCGAAGCCUUCCGCAGUACACGUGGUGCAUUCAUCGAUCCCACCUUCUACCUGAGCCGCACUGUCUCCAAUGUCAUCAGCUCCAUUGUCUUUGGGGACCGAUUUGACUAUGAGGACAAAGAGUUUCUGUCACUCCUGCGCAUGAUGCUGGGCAGCUUCCAGUUCACAGCCACGUCCACAGGCCAGCUCUAUGAGAUGUUCUAUCCAGUCAUGAAGCACCUGCCUGGGCCACAGCAACAAGCCUUUAAGGAACUGCAGGGGCUGGAGGAUUUCAUAGCCAAGAAGGUGGAACAGAACCAGCGCACCCUAGACCCCAACUCCCCACGGGACUUUAUCGACUCCUUCCUAAUCCGCAUGCGGGAGGAGCAGAAGAACCCCAACACUGAGUUCUACAUGAAGAACUUGGUGCUGACCACCUUGAACCUCUUCUUCGCGGGCACUGAGACAGUCAGCACCACCAUGCGCUAUGGCUUCCUGCUGCUCAUGAAGCACCCCGAUGUGGAGGCCAAAGUCCAUGAGGAGAUCGACCGGGUGAUUGGCAAGAACCGCCAGCCCAAGUUUGAGGAUCGGGCCAAAAUGCCCUAUGUGGAGGCCGUGAUCCACGAGAUCCAGAGAUUUGGAGAUAUGAUCCCCAUGGGCCUGGCCCGCCGAGUCACCAAGGACACCAAAUUUCGUGGCUUCUUCCUCCCCAAGGGUACCGAAGUCUUCCCUAUGCUGGGCUCCGUGCUGAGGGACCCCAAGUUCUUCGCCAGACCGCGAGAUUUCAAUCCCCAGCACUUCCUGGAUGAGAACGGCCAGUUUAAGAAGAAUGAUGCCUUUGUGCCCUUCUCCAUUGGAAAGCGCUACUGUUUCGGAGAAGGCCUAGCUAGGAUGGAGCUCUUCCUCUUCCUCACCACCAUCAUGCAGAACUUCCGCUUCAAAUCUCCGCAAGCUCCCCAAGACAUCGACGUGUCCCCCAAACACGUGGGCUUCGCCACCAUUCCACCAACCUACACCAUGAGCUUCCAGCCUCGCUGAGCAGGGGUCAGCAGGGGAGAGGAGGGGCUAGUAGGGGGGGCGGGGGAGGAGCUAGCGGGUAGGUGCGGCAAAGAGCAGAGCUAUUUGAAGAUUGUAUGUGGGAUGAGGAAAGUGGGAGAAUUAGGAGGCAAGAGAACGGCGCUGGGGGCUUGCAUAGAGAACAGACUGUUCACCUUUUUAGAGAGAGUCUCGGGAUCUGGGAGGAGAGGCGGGGGCGGGAGCCUUAGGGGGCUGCUGUGAAAAGAAACCGCAAUACCAGAUAUGAGGCAUUGCGGCCCGGAACUCGGUGUUGUUAACCCCAUGCUGAAAGCAUUACACACUCUUACUGCUCACAAACCUUGAAGAUGAGAAGUAUUCAUGCGCAUGUGCAUUUCUCCGCUGGGGCUCAGAACGCCCUGAGUCAAUAGCUGUGGUUCCAGGCCUUACAAGCAAGACUGGGUAAGCAUGCGCAUGCAAAGGGAAGCAGGUCCUGCAGAUGGUUUACAGAACUCCUCUCCCUCAAGUGGAAAACCAAUCUAGUGUAUUGUUGAGCAAUGCAAGUAGCUCUGUCCAGGGUGUUUUCAUGCUAACCUUCCUUCACUACAAUGCAUUCACACCCACCACCAUCACCCAAAUACUGCUACUGGGUCCAAUGUGGGCAGGAUCAGGGAUGGGAAUCAGACUGUCGGUGAGGGACAAAAACACUUUCUGGCUUCCCGUGCAGCUGAGCCCUUCUGUGUGUGCAUGUGCAUGUUUGUGUGUGUGUGUGUGUUGUGUGCGUGCAUGUGCACGCACAUACACACAGGUGGGUAACUACAACUUUCUCCUGAGUAGAUGCAAGGACUCAUUUUGCUGAGGGUUUCUGCAGGGAGGGCUCUCUCUGAUGCAUCUGGGAUCUGCUCUCGCAGACUGGGAACCACCUGCUUACUCAAAAAUCAGUGAUUACAUGUUCACUCAGAAGAAAAGUAGGUAGUGCUCUUGCCUAACACCCAGGGUUGAUCCCAGGCAUCCCAGUGUUCUCCCGAGUGCAACCAGGAUCAAUUUCUGAAUGCAGAGCCAGAAGUAACGCCUGAGCAUUUCUGAGUGUGACCCAAAAAUUUCAAAAAGGAAAAAUUUUCAUCCUUUGAGAGUGCACAAAUACAUCCAUCCCCCAUAGAGCACAGUGCUUCUCAGUCAAGUGCAGUGUAAACCCUGCCCCAAAGUUUUCAAAGCACCACAAGAUUUAAAUAAAGU